CUCUAUGACAAGAGUAUCCAUUUAACGCUCCUGUGUUUUCCUCUCUUCUCCUCAGCAGAGGUUUGUCUCUGCCAAGCCUGGACAACAGCUUCAGGCGCUGGAGCCACGUGGAUCCUGCUGCCUCGUGUGGUUUGAUGAGAACCAGGACUCCCUGCAUCCCAGCCCCCCCUACACCCAGGCAGAGGACCAGGAGUGUGGUAGUAGCUGCUUACCCAUCCUCCCCCGGCCAGCUGUCGGUGGCUGAGCCCAGCCAGCUCAGCCGAUCGGCCCCCAGCCUCAUGGAACCACUACUGUGCUCCAACACUAUGAUGCAGGCCAGGGCCCACAUCCAGACCCGACUUGGUUCUCAAGAUACUAUUCAUGAACAAAAGGGUCCCUUUCCGGCUCUGAACCCUCGAACACCGAAGCUGUUGGCUCCGCUGAGCAGCAGACCCAGGGACGGUGCAGCUCUGCCAGCACUGAAGCCUCGUGUUCCCCUGAAGCCCAUCAGCCGGAGCCCCCUUUGCUCCAGGGCCUGGCUGAGGAGAGAGCGGCUGUUCCGGGGCAGCCCACGCGCUGGCAGUGAGGAGAGCGGGUCCAGCAGCAGUUCUAUUGAUCUGGAGGAUGAGGAGAGGGAUACUCAGGAGAGAUCUUCAGAGGGGAGCCAUCUGAAGUUUGAUGGAGACACGGUGUUGCAGCUUUCGAAGGAUGGGAUCCCCACGGAUUUGGUUGAGGAGACCAGGCGGCAUUUUAAAGUUCAGUCCAGAAUCAGUCAGAUUCCACUGAUCCACAGAUCAACACAGAACAUGGAUGGGGACCCUAUCCACCGUGAAGGAGAUCUCAGCACUGAAAGAACAACAAACUCUUAUUGUGAAGGCAAAAUAAAUAUGAUUUAUGCAAAGGAGCAUGUCUACAAUCAUAGCUUUACAAAAUCUAACUAUGCAACACAAAGUGACACUGGGAAGAACCAUGCAGGCUACACUUCAGACCCUGAAGGUGACAUUACCCGUGAAAUUUUAUUUGAUAUAAAUGAUGCCCUGGGUGAUGCUGCUGCAGGCUCUGGAGGGAAUCACAGAAAAGAACAUCGGCAUGUACAAAAGACAGAAGUGACAAUGAAGGAUUCCUCUGAUGAAGAAACCCAGGUAGGUCAUCAAAUCCUCUGUCAUGCUGAGCUGAUAGAUUUGAAUAUCAGCUCUGCUGUGGGGGAGAUGCAGCUCUUUACAGCAGGAGUAAACAGUCCAGUGUUUCAUUCCAAGACAGAUAAGAAGAUGGUGAAAGUCUUAAACCCUGCCCAGAGCAAAGAGACAACAACCAGCAUGACCAUCGAACAAAGAGCAAAUCAUCAAACAACCCAGUUCUUCAAUCUUCGAACACAUAAAGAACGAAGUAUCAUUAGUCGGAACAAAUCCAAAACUAAUCUGAAGUGCCCCUCCACACAAGUCAAGGAUAAAACCAGGAAAAGCCCCGAGCUAAUAGUUAGCGGAGAGGCCUCAGUCAAAGUCAAAUCAAAGCCAAACCCUGUGAAAGGUUCCCAUCGUUGCUCUGACACCCCAUCGCCACGAAAGAAGGUUGUUGAUCACCCACAGAGCAGAAGAGCAAAUCCGGACAAGUCAAACAUCAGCAGAGCUCCACCACCGGGGCGGGAGCUGAAGAGCACAAGGCAGCAGAAGAGACUCAGUGCAGCCGGGACAACAAGGUCGAAAUCUGCACUGGACUUCCUCACCUACAAAGACAUGUUUCAGCAGAUUCAGAGCGGGGAAGGAGGGCCAGCCAUCUAUGAGAUGUUUGCUGGUCCCAUCUACGAGAACCUGAGGGUUUCCAGCUCCUGUGAAAAAACCAAGGAGAGACAAGUGCAGUCUGCGCCGCCCAGGAAGGUGCAGCAGUCGCUGAAAGUCAAACAGAGAACCUUGAAACAACCCCAGGGUAAAAUGAGGAGAAGCCCGGGAGAGAAUAUGGUGAUUUCAACUAAAAGCAAACCGAGACUCGCGUCCUCCAGGGUGAGACCUCACCUCACAUCUCCAUCGAGGAAAGACAAAACCACUAGACUAGACACAAAGUUAGUUCUUUCAAAUAAUGGUGAGGUUUAUCACAGUAGUGCUGAAGAAAAGGCUGCAAAUCAAAUCUUAUCUACCAUCGUGGAGGCUCUUUCAAGAUAUGACACUGAAACUUUAAACCCUGACGACAAAACACUGACCAUGGCCACAACUUCAUCUAAUGCUAAAGAUAACCAUACGUCCAUGUAUAUGCAAGAGAUCCCUGCUGCUAGGACAUCGUCUGGCAGCAGCAGCAACACUAUCGUGUCCCCAGUUUACCAGAAGUUUCUGGAUGAGGUCGGGGACGGCCCGCUUACUGAUGACCUGCUGCAAUGUCUGGCUGAGGAGCUAAUCUCACUGGAUGAGAGGGAUGUCUCCUUAGACCCAGGUUUGGAAAACCUGGAAUCCAGCAAAGGAGAGUCGGUCAGAGAAGAUGCAACAGGACGAAACAUGUUUCCAGAGGAUAUUUCAGCAAACUUUGCAGUGUUGCUUGGCUCUGGGGGGGCUGAUGAUGACACCAUCACAUGGACAAAGGGUGAGGUGCUUGGCCGAGGAGCCUACGGGACAGUGUACUGUGGCCUGACCAGCCAGGGCAAGCUGAUAGCAGUGAAACAGGUCAGUCUGGACACGUCUGACCCUGAAGCAGCAAAGAGCGAGUACGGCCACCUGCAGGGGGAAGUGGAUCUGCUCAAGGCCCUCAGCCACAUCAACAUCGUGGGCUUCCUGGGGACCCGUCUUUAUCGGCACAUGGUUUCUAUCUUCAUGGAGUAUGUUCCAGGAGGAUCCAUCUCCAGCAUCCUUCACAGGUUUGGUCCUCUGCCCGAGCGAGUGCUAGCUCUGUACACCCAUCAGAUCCUGGAAGGGGUGGCCUACCUCCACCUGAACAGGGUGGUUCAUCGCGACUUAAAGGGAAACAAUGUCAUGCUGAUGCCCACUGGCGUCAUCAAGCUCAUAGACUUUGGGUGUGCACGACGUCUCAGCUGCCUGAACCACACCGCAAGUAGUAGUGUGGACCUGCUGAAGUCCGUCCACGGCACACCGUACUGGAUGGCACCAGAGGUUAUCAAUGAUACGGGAUACGGCAGGAAGUCCGAUAUCUGGAGUGUCGGCUGCACAGUGUUUGAGAUGGCCACAGGGAAACCACCACUGGCACACAUGGACAAGAUGGCGGCCUUGUUCUACAUUGGAUCUGAAAGGGGGUCGAUGCCCUCCUUACCGGAUGGGUUCUCGGAUAAUGCCAAGGAUUUCGUAAAAAACAGCUUGACAAGUGACCAGAGACUACGGCCGUCUGCAGACGAGCUCCUGACGCAUCCAUUCAUCCCCAAAAAUGAGACUGGAGUGAACCCUUGGGAAAAAACAAAAAAGAACUGCUGUGGUCACCCAGCGGGACACUGUGCUUAACAUGGAGUUACACUGAAACACAACACUGCUCAGUGGGACAGUUGUUUGUGGAGUUUAGGUUGAAGAAUCAGGACACUUGAAGUUUUGUUGUGAUCCUUGAAGGGCCCGUCACCUAUCCCUGCUUUCUGUUUGGGCGCAUGGGGCUUUACAUUUAUAAGCUGAAUUUUAAAUGGACCUAAAAAAGAAGCACAUUCAUUAAUUUCACUUAGCAUCUUGACAGAACCUGUAAAAUGAAAAUAGAUGACAAUUUACCUAUAGAUAUUGGGUUUUCUGCAGUGAUCUUAUGAAUGUGCCAAUCUAAUAAAUACCAUAAUUUUACGUUCCAUACAUUUAACUCAAGUCUCCGGCAUAUUUAGGUUCUUGUAGAAUCUAACCAUUACGGAAGGAUCUGUUGCAUUAAAAACCAAUUUCCAUAAAAUUAAUUUACAGUGUUUACUAGCUCCUCUGAUAACUUUCCUCUGAUCAGAUUUUAGGGCUUGUGGUAAGAACCUUUCAUUAUCUAAAGCUACUGUACAGGCACCAGUCCUCGUGUGGAAAUUCACAAAUCUUUAGAGUAUAGCAGCAUAGAGAUAUAUAUACACACACAUCUGCAAUAAAAUGACAGCAACAACAAGAUUAUAUACUGUAAGGAUAACAGCAAGUUGAAAGUUUAUUUGUAAUACUGAAUUGAAAUGAAAAAAAAAGGAUGUUAAGAGUGGCAUAUGCGCAUUUGUCCACAACUGUUGUUCUGUGUGCCCGACUGUAAAAUCCCUAAUGAAGGUAGAAAACAAUCCAACCUUAUCCUUGUUAGUCUUUACGUGCGCUCUACAAGUAAAUGAGUAACCGAGUCAGAAACAAGAGGAGACUGGAUCAUGUCAAGAUUUUAGAGUAGAGCUCAAGGUAUAAAACUGAUGUAAAGACAUGUCCGGAAAGGUACGUGGCUUUAAUAUAUUCAACCACCUGGAUGAGGAUGUCAGCGACGAAAAAACUAAAACAUGUCCAUAUUGCAGAUACUUGGAUCCAAGCUUUCUCCCAUAUGGCAAAUCAGUCACUGCUCUGGAAUGGAAAGAACCAUGAUUUGUUUUUUUCUCUCCUAACAAGUACAGUAAAUGGCUGAUUGAAUGAUACAAGUAUCCCUUGUAUGCACUCACAUCUAAGGGGCUACAGCCUCAUGUCAUGGAAUAAUGUCUGAUGCACUUCAAAAUAAAAAGGAUUAUGUAAACUAUAA